GUUUUUCAGAAACGGAUGGCAGAGUCGGGCUUUCUCAUGAAGGAGAGAUGGCCUUAAUCUUUGUUAACUGGAAAGAGCUCAUCAUGUCCAACACAAAGCUGCUGAAGGCCCUGAGAGUGCGGAAGAAGACCGGGGGUGAAAAGAUGCCUGUGCAGAUGAUUGGGGACAUCCUGGCGGCCGAGCUGUCCCACAUGCAGGCCUACAUCCGGUUCUGCAGCUGUCAGCUUAAUGGAGCGGCUCUGUUACAGCAGAAGACCGAUGAAGACGCAGACUUCAAAGAAUUUUUAAAGAAGCUGGCGUCCGACGCACGCUGUAAAGGCAUGCCCCUCUCCAGCUUCCUGCUGAAGCCCAUGCAGAGGAUCACCGCUCCCUCUGAUCAUCAGAAGUGUAAGUGUGCAGCCCAGCGGGCCCAUUUAAAAAUCCUGGAAAACACACCCCAGAGCCACGUGGACCACUCCUCCCUCAAACUGGCCCUGGAGCGGGCUGAGGAGCUGUGCUCACAGGUGAAUGAGGGAGUUCGAGAGAAGGAAAACUCAGACCGGCUGGAGUGGAUUCAGGCGCAUGUCCAGUGCGAAGGUCUCGCAGAGGUGAGGCUGUGUUGUUGA